AUGGACCUGGAUCCACAAUCGUCUCGUGCACAUUUCACGAAAGUAAAUACCCCGAGUCAGCUCGCACCUGUACAAACAAGUACGACGAAUUACAUGCCAUCGCCAUCGAGAGCGUUAGAGUUGGAUACGCCACGUGGACCAGAAUAUAUUGCUGGGGACGGAAUUCCGACGGGCGCUUGGGCCACUGGUCUCUUUGAUUGCUUUGACAACCUUAUACCCAACUGCUUUAUGGUCACUUUGUGUCCAUGUGUGGCUGUAGCACAAUUAUCUACACGUCUGGGCGAUGCCUCGUACAAACUCGUUCUAGGUUUCUUAGUGCUUGCCUCAGUGGUGCAGUUGACCAUGCUUGUAAUCGCGUGUAUUAAGGCUGAAGAAGAGCAUGACACAGUGAAUGGCAUUUACGGCUCCUACGAUGGCAAAGAAGUCAAUGCUUCGUUCGUAAUUAUUGCGCUAGCUGUGCAGCUUCUGCUACUUGCCUACGUCUGGCAUCUUCGUAUGAAGACUCGCCGCCGCUUUCAACUCCCUGGCUCAAUGGUGACCGAUUGUCUCAGCUCGUGGUUUUGCUCGUGCUGUACGGUGGCACAACUGCGUACGCAUGUGCGUUGUUAUCAGCCCGGAGACUGCUCGUUCCGAGCUCCUGAUGUGCUCCAAGCCUAUCCUGGCAAGUCGUAUGCAACAGUGGUGCACGUUAAGCAGGCUUCUCAUGCCGGUACAUGUGAACAAAGCGUGAUGGUUAGCGCAUGGUCGGCUGAUUUUUGUGGCUGUUUUGAUUCAAUGAUACCAAAUUGCUGCAUGGUCACUUGCUGUUCGUGUGUUGCUCUGGCCCAGAUUUCCGAGCGACUGGGCGUUGCACCGUACAUACGCAUCCUAGUGAUCUUCUCAUUGCUUUCUCUUGCCGGCUUUAUUGCCGGACUUUAUCCAGUCUAUUUAAAUAGUCAUUCGGAGUUGGGACCCAGCAUUAAUUCGAAUGAAUAUUCCCACGCCGGUCGUCAUGAGACUAAUCCGGCCCAAUCGUGGACUCUUACCAUCGUCAGAGCCAUUUUUGUUGGGUACAUUUGGUAUUUGCGUCAAAUCACUCGCCGAAUGUUUCGAAUUCCAGGAAGUUCAUGUGGAGACUUUUGGGCUUCAUUCUGUUGUUCUUGCUGCACUUUGGCGCAGAUUGCGACGCACGUUAAGAGCUACAAGCCGGGAGCUUGUAGCUUUGGACCGCCUGACGUGUUACCCCCGUACACGUAA